AUGGCGGUUAUGCUGCGGGCGUGCAGUUCAACUCUCACCACUUCCCGGCAGGCAACGCAAUGCAAGGAUCUUAUCAAGAAGCAGGUUGCGCGAUUCAAGCCUGACUAUCUGCUCGUUAUGCUUGGGUUCAACGAUAUGGGCUGGGGUGUUGCAGAUGCCGAAAACACUCUUGGUGCCAUGAAAGAGCUCGUGGAUAAUGCACGUGCUGCAAAAUCAGACGUCGAAUUCGCUCUUGCUGAUGUACCGAUGCGAACCCCAGUUGACGGGGCAGAGAGGCUUCCUCCUAUGGUGGAAGGAUACAACCAGCUUCUUCGAAUAUCAAUCGAAAAGUGGACAGCUCUCGAGUCCCCGAUCGAGUUGGUGAAGGUCCGGCGUGGAUACCAUUGUUCGGAAGGAGGUUACGAUGGACUACAUCCAAGUGCUUUGGGCGAGUUUCAAAUUGCAAAAGCUUUCGCUCGAACUUUGACCCAAAAGUUUCGCCUUGGAAUCAAAGAGCUCACUAUACCGCAAGAGAUCCCACAAAGACCGACGCCAGUGCCGGCGAAUGUUGUUGCGGAAGCAGUUUCCUAUAGAGUCUCUGCGAAAUGGGACCCAGUAUACGGCGCUAUCGGCUACGAUGUCAGAAGCCGCAAUGAUGACAAUCUGCCGUGGAACGAGACAAGAGUAGAUGUGGCCCAGUACUACUCGACGUGGACACAAGAGAGACAGGAGUAUCAAUAUCAAGUCCGGACCUUUAAUGGAGAAAGCCUUGAGUCCGCCUGGUCUGCCACGGUCUCGGCAACUGCACAUCCUAAAACUGCUCCGGGACCUGAGAAUAUUAUCAUCAAACCUGAGAUGGACAAGGUCCUUGUUGAAUGGGAAGAGCCUCCAAAGCAAGUCGAAGUGGACCGAUACGAGAUCAUCCUCGUAGAUCUGUCAUUACCGGGAUCUUUUCCGACGAAUCUUGCGGUGAGAGGAACUGCGACGAUAUUCGCCGACCUAUCGGCAGGCCAUCGUUAUGGUUUAGCGAUCAGUUCCUGGACAAAAUAUGGAGGCAGUAUUCCGGCAGGAGGCCGGAGCUUCACUGCUGGCAACGGCAAGCCGCCGACUCCAACUCAACUCCAAGUUGAAGUUCAGGAUGCCACCACCGUGCACCUGAAGUGGGCAAAAACGAAGAGUGCAGCAGGAUAUCGCGUGUGGGUGCGGAAACUAGUGGAGAAAUCGGACUUCGUGGAAGACGGAACGGUUGAUUCUGCGGAGUAUGGCAUCGCGAUUCUGAUGCCCGGCGCCUGGAACUUUGAGUUCUGUGUUUCUGCAUAUAACGGAAGCCUUGAGUCGGAGAGAUCAGGCAGCGUGGGUCCCAAUAAGAAGCCGCAUAAAAUCUCGGUAAGGCGUACUGCCUCCAACGCUGCCCAGCUGAAGUGGUUCGGAACUUAUCACUGGAUGCCUGAUCUUUAG